CGAUGCCCUCGCAUUUACUCAACUUUUUAACCUGCCGGUUUCGUUCGGAUUUAUGCAACGUUUGCUAGUAAAAAAAAAUGCUGCAAGAAUCGCUGAAACUCCUCGGGUUGUUUGGGUGAAUAGGUUCUCCUGCCUUCGUUCCAGCAUGGCUUCGCGAGCUCCAAUCGCCAUCCAAGACGAGAACUUGCCGAUCUUCCGCGGGAUUGGCGGCAAGAAGGCCGGGGCCGCGGCCGCGGCGAGGGCGGUGGGGCGGCAGGAGCGCAAAGCCCUCGGGGACCUCAGCAAAGCACGGAAGGCUCCGCCGGCAAGCGCGGGAGGGAGAGCCGCCGCCGCCGCCGCGGCGGCAGCCAGUGGAUCCAAGAAUCUGGUUAAGCCGAGCUAUCUGAGCGACGAGGAGUGGAUGAAAUGCUGCGAGUGGGCGAAGGACGGGAUUGAAGCUGCCAGUUUCACGGGCAAUGAUAUGCAGAAACUGCUCAGUGAUAAGCGAGAAGAGCGUAUACGGAAGAAGGUGGAGAAGGCAAUGCGAACCAUGAAACUCUCCAUGGACAAUCUUUAUGACAUUGAUGUGCAUUCAGAGGCAUGCAUGGUGGAUCCUGAAGAUAAAACAAAAUUGGAUCUUGACACAGAAUUUCUUCCUCCAAAGCCAUACUUAAGCUCAAGACUAGGUGAACACGAGGCCAAUUAUGUCCUUUCUGACAUGGAAUUUGAACAUGAAACUUUUGCUAAUUGCAAUUUAGACCUGAAGCUUAAGGAUGAAUACGGAACAUAGUUCCCUGAGGUCUCCUACUCUCGAAGUACAGUGUACUGGGAAUCUAGGAUCAUGUUCAACUCUUGUACCUCUAGUUGUAUUGCAUCUUUUUCUGUUCGUGGUGUGCCCAUUCUCUUAACCAAUCCAACUAUUCUGGGCAGCCAUGCAAUUAUUUCAGAAAUUUUGCCAUGUGCUAGACUGCUAGUCUACCUUCUUGUAGAGUGUAAUGCUAUCUUGUAGUUAUUCCCACUCAUGUUUUCUGGGGACACCAAUGUUGAAGUGAUAACUUGGCUUAACCUCAUGUUAUGCUGUCCAUGUCAUUUUAAUUGCAAAUGCUUUUAUAUGCUGCUUCUUUCCACCUCAA